AAUUCUGAAAUUCUGAGUUUAAAAAGGAAUAUUGUAGUGCGCGAUGUCUGCGCCACCUUUCGAGCGUUGCAUACAACUGCAACAUGUGUUGACAAAAUCUUAAAAGAAAACACGUGUUUGUAAUGUUUGGUUGGCAUCGGUUUUGAAAUCCAAAUUGUUUAAUUAAAGUGAUAACAAGUCUUGAAACAACGUGUAAAAAUGGUUGAAUUUAAACCCGAGGAUUAUGAAUUCAACCAAGAUUCGGAAAAUUCAUCCGAAGAUUCUGAUUCGGAGCCAGAAAUUAUCCACAAUAAAAGGCCUCACGAUGGAGACAAUGAUUCAAAAACAAUCAAAAAAUCAAAGAGUGAGCUGUACAAACAACCAACAGCUGAGGAAAUGAACAAGUUGCGCGAGACUGAAAACUUAUUCAACUCAAAUAUAUUUAGACUUCAAAUAAACGAAUUAUUAGAGGAAAUUAAAUUGAAACCAAAAUAUCAAACACAAUUUGAUCUUUGGUUCACAGAGUUUCAGAAAAAGUUACUAAACAUUCCUGAAUUUACUGAAAUUAACUUGAAUAAUUUGCAAAUAUCAAAGAAAAAGAAACUUGAUGAAAAACAGAAGUUUAUUAAUUAUGCAGCUAGUUUGGACAAAGUUCCAUGUAGUCAGGAUGUUAGUAUGAAAUUUAUGAAGCCCAAAAGUAUUGUUUUGCAUGGUUCACUCAAAAAUAUUCCAAGUGAAAAGGCUAAAUUUAUUGCCAAUUUAAUGAUUACCAUGAACAAAUCUAUGUUCUUUGAAAAAGAUUAUCUUAAUAACAAGUAUGCACUAAAGAAACAAUUUUAUAUGGCUUACAUUGAAAAUUACAUCAAGAACUUUGAUUGCAUUAAACAGAUUAAAGUUGCAAACUAUUUACAUAACAAUCAUUUGCCAUAUUUGGAAGUUGUGCCUGCAGAGUGUGAUCAAAUGUUGAUUAAUAUUUUCAUUGUGCCUGAAAUUGAUACAUUCAAACCAAUAAGGUUCAUGCCAAACAAAAAUAAUUUGAAACAAUUAUCGUAUGAUGAUUUUCCAGACUUUGAAAUAGAAAGUUUUUCUGAAGUGGGAACUUUCUUUUAUAAUUCUAUUAUGUUAUUUGAUUGUACAUUAGAAACGAAUGAAUCGUUUAUCAAAUGUUUAAAUUCCCACGAAAAUAUUACAGACGCGAUUAAGUUGAUUGUAAUUUGGCUGAGGCAAAGAGAUUUGAACAGUGAUUAUCGUUGUUUCACUGAUGAUUUAGUUGUAUAUGUACUUGCGUAUUUGUUUUCAAAGAAGAAAGUGAAUAAGCUGAUGAGUUCGUAUCAAGUUGUACGAAUUUUCUGGUCGUUUAUUGCAAAUUUGAAAGAUGAUGAAAAGUUGUCGAUUGCUGUAGAUGUUAAACCGAAUAAUUUGCUUUUGUUCGAGGGCGAAUUUGUUUUGCUAGAUAGCACUGGUUGUUUUAACGUAGGCGCGUUUUUAGAUGGAAAUGUUUACAUGAAAGUCAAGGCCGAAGCUAAAAAGGCGAUAGAGAGCUUGGAUAGCAAUCGGUUUAAUUCUUUCUCGCACUUGUUCACGACCAAAAUGCCUGUUGGUUUACAGUACGAUGCAAUUCUUAAAAUAAUUGAUAUAAAUCAAUUUAAAAAGAUCUACUGGAAUAGUAGCAAUGAAGAGAAAUUCAAAUUCUUUGGUUUUUAUAAGAGUUUAAUCCAAAACUGCAUUGAAAAUCAGUUGAAAUAUGGUUUAACCAAGAGAAUUCACGAAUUAGUACCAAUUUUUACUGAAAAUCCAAACGUAAUCACGUAUGGCUUAAAUGUAAAUCCGGAACAUUGUUAUAAUGUUAUUGAGAAAGGGCCACGACAAUAUGAAGAAGGUGCGGAGAAGUUCAAAGAUUUUUGGGGCAAUUUAGCAGAUCUUCGAAGAUUUAAAGAUUCUUCAAUUUAUGAAGCAGUUUAUUUUGAUGAUGUGAAAACAAUUCAAGAUAAACGUUUAAUAUUCGCGAAAAUCAUUGAAUUCGUGAUGCGAAACAAAUUAGAGUUGAAUUACGAGUUGAAUGGUGUUGAAAUGGAAAAACAAUUGAAGCUCGAACACAUUGAAAAUCCAUUUCCUACUGGUUCAAACGAGGAAGCUAUAAUAAGAAUUAAAGGUGUGCAGACUUCUUUGGAUAAAAUUUUACGAAAUUUACAGCUACCACUUCCUAUAACAGCGUGCCAAUGCACAUCUGACUUAUACAGUUACACCGAGUUGUUUCCACCCAUUCCUACUAACUACAAUUUGAAGAAAACAAAUUGUAGCGAACGCGGUGACUUUGUUGUAAUAAAUGACAAGCCAAACAAAUUACCGCAUUUGUUUGAGCCAAUUGAAUGUGUAUUACAGCUUGCUCUAAAUUCAAAAUGGCCGAAAACCCUGGAAGCUAUGCGAGCAAUGAAAACCAUUUAUUACUUUGAAAUUUCCAAACUUCUCCGCCUUGAGCACGACGUCAUCACCUCUGUCCGCGACGACCACAUAGAUCUAUUUUAUCAAGGAUAUGUUUUCCGCCUGCGUUUGCAUCAUCCGAAAGAAAUUGCACUGCUGAAGAAAGAUGUAACCGCUGACGGUUUAACAUUCUAUAAAGACACUGACGAAAGUUUACGCCUUGAACGAAAUCUAGAGAUCUUACCGAAAAUUUCCGGUGCUCUCAACGGUCUGCAUCAAGCAAAUCCAAGUUAUGGACCGUCGACGUGUCUUAUCAAGCGAUGGAUGCGUUCGCAAAUGUUAGACGCCGAUCAUAUCAGUGAUGUUGUUAUUAAUCUUUUAAACGCGUCCUUGUUUAUCACUUCAGCGCCUUACAAGCCUGCGAUAUUGCCUCAGGUAGCGUUUUUAAGAUUCCUAAAGUUUAUGUCUACAUUUGAUCACAACUUUCAAACUGUCGCCGUGAAUUUCAAUGAUUCUUUGAGUAUUGAAGAGCUGAAUGAGAUCGAUAGUAAGUUUUUACAAGAUCGUCAAAGUUACAACCCUUUACACAUAACUACACCGUUUGACGAGGGUAAAUCCUUAUUUACGAAAUGUGGACCGUCGGCUGUGGUUCUGAGAAGGAUAAAGUGCUUGGCUGCCGAAAGUUACAAAUUGCUGAUCGAUAAUUUGGCAGAGGAUUGCCAACUUUCAUAUAAGGCGUGUUUUGUCCCAAAUUUGACUGGUUAUGAUGUUUUAAUUUACUUGAAUGCCUCGACAAACCUGCGACGCUAUCAACAAGUCAACAGAGAUCAAAAUUUUGUCGUGAAGUUAGAAGAGUUCGACGAAUCUAUUACGAAAUGUAUGCCGGUUGUGGGUUUCGAUCCUAUUGAAUUGUACCUAAAGGAAUUACGGGAGAAUUUUGGAGAAUAUGCAUUAUUCUUUCGCGAUUUCUAUGGUGGAGUCGUAAUCGGUGUCCUGUGGAAGCAAACAAUUCAAAAACAACAGGAUUUUAAGAUUUCUACGGCACAUGGUCGGAAACUCUCGGCGCAAAAUAAAUUGGAGUCUGACAUCAGUGAGGAAGAUUUCUAUAUCUAUGGCAAGGGGAUUGUGAGAAACAUAGAAGUGCUUAGAAAGUAAGUUCAUUCAACGCGGUUCUUGAAAGAAAACAACGAGAAUCCAGCGCGAUAAUUAACAAAUCGUAAACUAUUAUAUUGGAGUUGAUAUUAACAAUUUGUAUUUUCUUAAAACCUUAUCUGUUUGUGUGUUCAAUGACUAGCUUAUCAGUUGCAUACAUUUGUCCAACAAUGACCUGAAACAUUUUAUUUACAUUUAGUAUUAAAUUAUAAUUGUUAUAUA